CGACAGCACAUUCACAAUAACUGUUGAUCAGAAAACCUUCCAUUUUCAGGCUCAGGAUGCUGAUGAGCGAGAGAAGUGGAUACAUGCCUUAGAAGAAACAAUUCUUCGACAUACUCUCCAGCUUCAAGGUUUGAAAUCAGGAUUUGUUCCUAGUGUCCAAGAUUUUGAUAAGAAACUUACAGAGGCUGAUGCUUACCUACAAAUCUUGAUAGAACAAUUAAAGCUCUUUGAUGACAAACUGCAAAACUGCAAAGAUGAUGAACAGAGAAAGAAAAUUGAAACUCUCAAAGAGACAACAAAUAACAUGGUAGAAUCAAUUAAACACUGCAUUGUGUUGCUGCAGAUUGCUAAAGACCAGAGUAAUGCCGAGAAGCACGCAGAUGGAGUUAUAAUUACUAUUAAUCCUGUAGAUGCAAUAUAUCAGCCUAGUCCCUUGGAACCUGUGAUCAGCACAAUGCCUUCUCAGACUGUCUUACCUCCAGAACCUGUUCAGUUGUGUGAGUCAGAGCAGCACCCAUCUUCGCUACCAGUUGGACCUGUCUUAGCUACCCUGGGACAUCAUCAGACUCCAACACCAAAUAGUACAGGCAGUGGGAACUCACCACCUAGUAGCAGUCUAACGUCUCCAAGCCAUGUCAACUUGUCUCCAAAUACAGUUCCAGAGUUCUCUUAUUCUAGCAGUGAGGAUGAAUUCUAUGAUGCUGAUGAAUUCCAUCAAAGCAGCUCAUCCCCAAAGCGCUUAAUUGAUUCCUCUGGAUCUGCCUCCGUUUUGACACAUAGCAGCUCAGGAAAUAGUCUAAAGCGCCCAGAUACCACAGAAUCACUGAAUUCUUCCAUGUCCAAUGGAACAAGUGAUGCUGACCUUUUCGACUCACAUGAUGACAGAGAUGAUGAAGGGGACGCAGGGUCAGUGGAAGAGCACAAGAGUGUUAUCAUGCAUCUCUUGUCACAAGUUAGGCUUGGAAUGGAUCUUACUAAGGUAGUUCUUCCAACAUUUAUUCUUGAAAGAAGAUCUCUUUUAGAGAUGUAUGCAGACUUCUUUGCUCAUCUGGACCUGUUUGUGAGCAUUAGUGACCAGAAGAAUCCUAGGAAUCGAAUGGUUCAGGUUGUGAAAUGGUACCUCUCAGCCUUUCAUGCAGGAAGGAAAGGAUCAGUUGCCAAAAAGCCAUACAACCCUAUUUUGGGCGAGAUAUUUCAAUGUCAUUGGACAUUACCAAAUGACACUGAAGAGAACACAGAGCUAGUUUCAGAAGGACCAGUUCCUUGGGUUUCCAAAAACAGUGUAACAUUCGUGGCUGAGCAAGUUUCCCAUCAUCCACCCAUUUCAGCCUUCUAUGCUGAGUGUUUUAACAGGAAGAUACAAUUCAAUGCUCACAUAUGGACCAAAUCAAAAUUCCUUGGGAUGUCAAUUGGCGUACACAACAUAGGGCAGGGCUGUGUCUCUUGUCUAGAUUAUGACGAACAUUACAUUCUCACAUCUCCCAAUGAUUACGGAAGAUCUAUCCUCACAGUGCCCUGGGUGGAGCUAGGAGGAGAAUGCAAUAUUAAUUGUUCCAAAACGGGCUAUAGUGCAAAUAUCAUCUUCCACACUAAACCUUUUUAUGGAGGCAAGAAGCACAGAAUUACUGCUGAGAUUUUUUCUCCAAAUGACAAGAAGUCUUUUUGCUCAGUUAAAGGGGAAUGGAAUGGUGUAAUGUAUGCAAAAUAUGCAACAGGGGAAAAUACAGUCUUUAUAGAUACCAAGAAGUUGCCUAUAAUCAAGAAAAAAGUGAGGAAGUUGGAAGAUCAGAAUGAGUAUGAAUCCCGCUGCCUUUGGAAGGAUGUCACUUUCAACUUAAAAAUCAGAGACAUUGAUGCUGCAACUGAAGCAAAGCACAGACUUGAAGAACGACAAAGAGCAGAAGCCCGAGAAAGGAAAGAGAAGGAAAUUCAAUGGGAGACGAGGUUAUUUCAUGAAGAUGGAGAAUGUUGGGUUUAUGAUGAACCAUUACUGAAACGUCUUGGAGCUGCCAAGCAUUAGGGCAUGGCAGUAGGCAUAAUAAAGCAACACUCUUCCUUUGGGAGAACCUGUUCACUCCCUUCUUACUGCAGUGGUUCCUAUCUCAGGGAUACUGGACUUUCUGAUGCAGAUGAACAAUUAAAGCAAGAAAAGCUUCCCCUUUUCCCUCUUCUGUGGCAGUUAUGUUGACUUGAGUCCUGAGAAAAACCUCAGGUUUUGAAAAUAAGAUGUCUGCUUCUCC